CGUUCACUGACAUGACAACUCCGGCUUCUUUGAGUAUCUUUCCUGUAAAGGCUCUCUGGUCUCUGGUCACACGUGGGGACUUUUAACACAUCGCCACCUCGCUAAAGAUCUGGAUUCAAAGCAAACAGAGGAUGAUGAGUGAGGACGUGGAGCGGCUGUUGAUCCAGUUUCAGGACGAGGAUGGGGAGGUUCUGGGUUCACCUUUCGAUGUGCCUCUGGACAUCACCCCAGACAAACUGCAGCUAGUCUGCAAUGCACUGCUACAGAAGGAGGAGCCAGUGCCACUGGCGUUUUUUGUGCAUGGAGAGGCUGAGGUGGUGUCCAGUCUGGGGUCAUGUGUGAAGACUCUUGGGGUGGAGACAGAGCAAGUUCUUCCAGUGGUGUACCAGCCUCAGGCUGUGUUCAGGGUUCGAGCUGUGGCCCGCUGUACUAGUACACUGCAGGGACACACCGAGGCCGUCAUCUCAACUGCUUUCAGCCCCACCGGCAAAUAUCUGGCCAGCGGUUCAGGUGACACCACAGUGCGUUUUUGGGACUUGACAACUGAGACACCUCAUCACACUGCCAAAGGACACACACAUUGGGUACUGAGCAUCGCCUGGUCGCCUGAUGGCAAGAAACUGGCUUCAGGGUGCAAGAACAGUCAGAUCUGUCUGUGGGAUCCAGUGACGGGUACACAGAUGGGGAAGACUUUGACAGGACACACCAAGUGGAUCACUUGGCUCUGCUGGGAACCUUUCCAUCUUAACCCAGAGUGUCGGUACUUAGCCAGUAGCUCCAAAGACGGCUCGGUACGUAUUUGGGACACUGUGUUGGGACGCUGCGAGAAGAUCCUGACUGGACACACUCAGUCAGUCAGCUGUGUGAAGUGGGGGGGUGAUGGACUUCUCUACACUUCCUCCCAGGACAGAACGGUCAAAGUCUGGAGAGCCAAAGAUGGUGUCCAGUGCAGGACUCUGCAGGGUCAUGCCCACUGGGUGAACACCCUGGCUCUCAGCACAGACUAUGUCCUGCGCACAGGAGCUUUUGAACCCGCAUCUGCCACUGUCAACCUCCAGGACCUAACUGGAUCAUUGGAGGAGCUGAAGGAGAAAGCUUUGCAGAGAUAUAAUAAAGUUAGAGGUCCAGCUCCUGAGCGCUUGGUGUCAGGCUCAGAUGAUUUCACCUUGUUCCUGUGGAACCCUGCAGAAGACAAGAAACCUCUGGCCAGGAUGACCGGCCACAGCGCUCUGGUUAAUGAGGUGCUCUUCUCCCCGGACACCAGACUCCUCGCCUCUGCCUCAUUUGACAAGUCCAUUAAAAUCUGGGAUGGACGCACUGGAAAGUACUUAAUAUCCCUGCGUGGUCAUGUGGGAUCUGUGUAUCAAGUGGCGUGGUCAGCAGACAGCAGGCUGCUGGUCAGCGGCAGCAGCGACAGCACGCUCAAAGUUUGGGACAUCAAGACUGGGAAGCUUAACAUGGACCUACCCGGCCACGCUGAUGAGGUUUAUGCAGUGGACUGGAGCCCUGAUGGACAAAGAGUGGCCAGUGGCGGGAAGGACAAAUGUCUCAGAAUAUGGAGAAGAUAGCCACACCUCCAUGCAUGUUCCUCUUUCCUAACUUCGGCUGAGGAUUUCACAUCUUCUACUGUCAAGAAGCCUGACAGCUGGAGCAAGGGUGGCUAGACUCUACCUAAUCCCCCCUUUGACUUCAUUACACUGUCAACAAUUGCAUUGUGUCAAGGAACUCUGGUCCGGUCAUGACGCAGGUUUGAGACUCGUGGGAAUAUUAACGAUGUAACACUGAAACAGUGUUUUGCUGAGUGGGAAUGUAAAAUCAGAACAUCCAUCCAUUGAUAUCAUUGCAAGUGGAAGCUACACUGUAAAAUGCCAGUGUUAGCAUCUCAGGCUUCUUGAAAGAGUUUCCAUUCAUGUACAUGUUGUUUUGUACACAUCCAGGGCCCUGACAUCUACAGAACCUCCUCCUCAGUUUAAAGCCUUAUUAUAGCGCCACUACAAACAAGACUAUUUAAAAAUGAAUGAAUACGAAAUUGUGGUUAUAGAAUAUAUUCUAAAGCAACUAAGAAGGUGCAUUGGAACAUAAGGAAAACUAAAGUAUUCCUCAGCAGUGUGUGUGUGUGCCCUCCUUCACCUCAAGCCUUACUAGACGAACGAUGCUCUGUAGGUGACAGGUGGACUGGCGAGGCAACAGGUGGGAGCACUAAUACCUUCCUCUGUGCUGUUAAAGCUGACCGCGCUCGCCCUGCUCCUUCAGCCUUUAAUCUCCUCUGUCCUGCAAUCAGCAAAGCUUCAGCCUGCUGAUAUUUUUUUACUGGCACUGCGGUCAAGCCAAGGGUCACCAGCUGUGAACUCUGAUUCUUGUCCCACUAUUCCAGUUAGAAUAACCGUUUUUUUUUUAUUUCCUGUGUACAAGUGGCUUUGUGAAUAUUUAAUAUGAAUAAAUAUUUACAAUAUUACAAUACAGUAUUUUCAAUACUGCCAACACUAACAGUUCCAUCUCAAUUUGCAUUCAGUGCAGAUAAAAAUACGUUUUAUUGGCCAUUUUCUGGAGCUACAUUUACUCAAAUGUAACUAUUCAGUCAGUGUGAGGGAUGAGGUAUAAGCCUGCCUCUCUUUGCCUUUAAGGUGUCACUUCAUAAAGCAUCAUGUCUGUAAAUAAGAAUAUAAACUUUUAAAUUUCCAGUGGAUUACUUAAGAAGUGAGUUAAUCUAAAAGUAGUCCCUCCCUGUGAGAAUAUAGUAUCUACAUCUGAAUAAAUUAGUUUUGUUCAUCUGAUGUCUUAACACACAUUUCCAGAGUCACACAGAUCAGGUUUAUCCCAAAUUUAUUGAAAUCAGUGGAACCAUGUCAUGUCCAAAUACAUCUCUUCCACAUCUGAUCAUGUAAAUCAUACUUGGAGCACUGAUGUGUUUUAACAACACUUUUUUUCUGACAUCAUACCAACAUAUAUCUUCAACACAAAUUAAUCCUUCAACCUGCCCAAUGAUUGCACCGAAUCUGAUAUGCUGUAGGAUGAAGGUACACGUGCUGUUGGCCUGCUUAUGAAAAGCUGCAAAGCAUGAACACAUAGUCUAAACAGUAAAAAUGUGCAUCAGUCAAUGAAAACAAAACAGUACAAAGAUUAAACACUAUUCACUUGCUCGUGGUUUAAAAUGUAAUAAAGAUUUGCUCCUAUCAGGGAUAUUACGUUGGAUUCUACUGAAGUAUUUGUCAAAGAGGAGUAAAAGGCUUCUGUGCAAGGCUGUGUGGUGCAACCAGGUCGAGCAAACCAAACCUUGCUGAAAGACUAGUCCCAUCGAACCUCUGACAUAUCCAGUGUCCCCGUCAUGUCAUUCAACACGUGUAAACACUAU